AAAAAAAGUGUGAAAGUUCAAUUAAUACGUUUUUAAAAUCUUACUUUUAAAAGAUUAGAUUAAAGUUUAGAGAUAAAUACUCACACCCAUUAGGGUACACAAACACUUCAGCGAUGGACCGAAAACUGACGCUUGUUUUUCUCGCUACUCUCUUUCUCGGGAGUUUUAGCGCUACAAUCACCCAAAUUACCGACACGGAAGUAGAAGAUGCGCGAAACAAAUUGAUUUUCCUCGCGGAAAAACUGCUGAUUUUCACCAGAGAAUGCAGAUCAUUUCAUGAAGCUCAUUGGAAUGUGGAGACGAAUAAUUAUUUUGUCGACACCCUGGACAGUUUGGUGGUAGUCCAAGCAAACCCAACUUUGGUGGCCGAUUUGAGAGUUCGGGCAGCCAAUGAGAAGCAGCAAGUUAUUGACAAGUUGACAGCUUUAGACGCAAGUUUUACCAGCCUGAGAACACAAAUUUUCAAAAUUGCCGAGAAACUGAGACUGGCUUUGUAUGCUGAAAUUUCCGAGCACUCGGUACAGUUAACCACAAUUUCAAAUACGAUUGGAACUCAAUAUUCAGAUUUUCAAUCCACCUUGAGUUUCGUCAUCAGCGAUAUUGAGCUGGCUGUUUUGCUUACAAUUAAUGGAAAUACCCAUCCCAACGUUGGUGACGUGAACACUCAUCUGCAACAAAGCAAAGAUGCGGCCAACAAUGCCAACUUGAUUAUCUCACAAGCUGAGGCUCUUUAUACAAACGCCAAAAAUUCUGCAAUUACCGCCGUCGACGUCAUAGUCAGUCAAACCAAGACCACAAAACACGUCCAAAAGCGCCAAAUCAGUUUUAUUCAGAAGGGUCAGGCCGCGCCUGAAGACGUGGUUAGCGCCCAGCUGAAAAUUGAGAUGUGGCUCGAGCACAUGAUCAGUCUGAACACCAAAUUCACAAGACUGACCAACGCCAUGCGACUCAAAGUAUCAGACUCUUUUCAUGAGAUUUUCGCAUCAAUGAGGGAACUCCUGGUGGAUGAAGCGACCGUGUCCAAUAUCGAGACGGACAAUAGAAUCGACGGCCAGCUGCUGGAGCUGACGAUCAGCUCUUUGUGGAGCACCAUGCGUGCGGUGUUCCCCACGCUGAACUCGGUCAAUUAUCAACUGAACAAUAUUGACAAAAACACGCGGGGCGAGCUUCAAAAAUUGCGAGACCAGCUGAAGAACUCGCAGAUUGGUAACAUCAAUUCCGAUUACAAUACAGUUUUCAACACUAUCGACACAAACCUGCCCGUAACCUUGGAAAAUAUUAGGACGGCCAUUGCUGGUUACAGUGGCGAUCCGGUUAUCCGCAUUUAUCUGGCAAUCCAAGUGAUUGAGGACUCUUUCGCCACCAUCCGGCAGGACAUAGAGAGCGAGAAGCCUCUGUACGACAGCAAUAUUUCCAGCUUCCUGGUUGUGCUGGACAAGAUCAUUGCUGACCUGUGCUCGGGUCUAUUUUGCUGAUUGCGAGAAAAGCGAUACGUCUUGAAAUAAAACUAAAGCCAUUUGCAACAAUC